AUAACAAGUUUCACAUCAAGGUAGGUCAAGGAAAAAUUUUAUAUAGGCAUUUCGUAAAAUAGGCAAGCGUUUUAACGUCCUGCUGCAUCCAGAGCUCCUCAAAUCCUGGUCUUGGGUUGGUUGUGAAUCCAGGGGACAUUAGCCAUCGCAAGUUGGACAUAUAAUCAUAUGUAGACAAUGUUUUAGAUUGUUACAGGGCAGGGGGCUUGGCCGGUGGUCAGCGGCUGUUGAAUAUAGUUAUCGUUGAUAUAAUAAACCUUCUUUUCAAAGUCCAAAGCAUCUGGUCAAUGAUACCUUAACCCUGAUCUUUCCAUCUUUGUUUCCCCUCAAUUCUCUGUUGGCAUCUUUUGACCGUCUCCAAGCAAUGUUCUCGCUUCUAGCUGUUGUCUGCUAGCUUCCAUUCUCCCUAAUAUGAUAUACCGUUAAGCCACUUGACAUGCCAGCAACCAGUGAAUCUGUAAGAUACGGCAUAGAAUUUUGUCAAAGCUGUCUUUCCUCAUCAGCGAUUAAACUAUGCUUUCAGUCGUAAAUGACAUCCAAAACCGCCAAACUACAUGGAGCUUUUCUUCUAUCGGUUUGAUCUCAAUUUACAAGUAAAUUACUACUAGUAGUAUUUUUUAAAGCAGCCUUCCAAAUUUGGGGAUUCUGAUAAAAUAAAACCUUGUUGGAGUAGUUCAACUUGAAAUAAAGAAUGGGAUAAAAUCAAAGCAAUGCUUCAUUGACAAUGUCAAAAUCAGAAGCAUAUUUAUUAAACCAUAACAUUUUAAUGAAUCAAAGAUCUAUUAUAGGUCUCAAGUGGGUGGGGUAACAUCGAUAAACACCAGUUUUUUCCAUCCCAGACACGUUCAACCAACAGGAGCUUAUCCUUCUGAGUCAUUCCUUGUUUCAGAAGGCAAUGGCUUCUUUCUCAGUAGAAGAUUUUGUUGGCAAUGGGGUUCUGAAGGAAUUGCUUCCAAAAUUAUUGGAAGAAGGUUGGGAUGACGUCCCAACCUUAAAGAUCAUGAACUCAGAGGACAUGGAUGCAAUCAACAUGUCACAGCAUCAAAAGGAUGCUCUGGAAAUCAGAACAUACCUUCAUGAUCGUGCACUGCUCCAAUAUGGAGAUAGGCUAGAGGCCUCCAGGAAAAUCCUGCCUGAGCUCCUUGACUUAAGCACUAAGGAUCUAUCUUCACAGUUUGGCAUGAAGAGGGGGCACAUCGCACGCUUCACGGAUAGAACCAAUCCAUGUGCAGAUCCUCUGCCCAAAUCAUAUGGCCUCACUGCAAGGAAAGUCACUGGUACACCAUCCAGAAAUAAUAGCAUCUACAAGCAUUUCGCAACUGUCAAUUCCAAUAAGAUGCAAAAUACAGCAAAAUCCUUUGGCAGGAGCAGCACAAACAAUAAGAGGUCGCUGGGAGAAUCACUCGCUGAUUUCAAAAUUAAAGACGGAUACAUCUUUAAAGGGAUUGUUGCUGCAGGACCAGCUGAGCCUCGAGCCUGUGGUUGUGUACAACCUCCUCCUGUGGUUGACAAUGUUGCGCCUUACUCUGCUAUCGGAAACAUAUCAGUUCAGAAAUUAACUCCUGCGUAUAAGAUUGGGAUGGAGCGUUUGGUGACGUCGAAGACUCCACCAAUGAAAGCUUCAGAAUUAUGGCGGGAUAAGCCAGCUGUGCUCCUCUGCAUUCGACGACCUGGGUGCAUCAUGUGCAGAGCUGAAGCUCACCAGCUCUAUGCCAAAAAGCCAAUAUUUGAUGCACUAGGAGUGCAAAUAUUUGCAGUUCUUCAUGAGCAUAUAGAAUCAGAGGUAAAAGACUUCUGGCCCCGCUAUUGGGGUGGGGUUGUAAUUUUUGAUCGUGCUAUGGGAUUUUUCAAAGCUCUUGGAGGUGGGAAAUUACUCAAGGAUAAGUUCCUAUCAGGAUUUGUAUUCAACCCCCGGGCUAUUGCAAAUUACAAACGUGCAAAAGCUACGGGAAUAGAGCAAAACUUCAAAGGAGAAGGUGAAAUCAAGGGUGGGCUUUUUAUAGUUGGCCAAGGAGGAACUGGCAUUGCUUACCAAUUUAUUGAGAGGAAUUUUGGGGAUUGGGCUCCUGUAGCUGAAGUUAUCGAGAUCUGUACUCGAUUGCAGAACCAAGAGCUAGAUCAAGGAGCUUCUAGCAAAUCCCCUCAAGAAUUCGAGUGAAGUGGUUUCUUGAAUUCAUCAUACAAUAAACUCUCUAUCCUUACCAGCAUAAACGGAGUCUAAUUAUCUGAGUCUUUAACAUCGCUUGUAAUAACCUCUAUGGCUUGUAUUAGUAUGAAAUUUAGCAAACCACGUUUUUAAAUUUUAAACAUAAUAUAGGUUACAUACAAGAAAUAAUGCCCAUAUGGAUAUAAUUUGGCUUCUCUGGAUUGUAAUACCUUCUAUGGCUUGUAUCAGAAGAAAUUUGGCAACAGCAAAUACCAUGCAAAAUAAAAUGAAAUUAAGCAGUACACCGGAAUUUAAUGAG